CCCUGACACUGCCAAAAGAGAUGCCCACCAAGACAAAAGCCAUCUCGAAUCUAACUGGAGUACUUAAUGCUUAAAAAGUCUUUUAUUCACACUCGUCAUUUGAAGCUGGUGUUCUGGACAUAAGAACUCUUGUUUCCUCUCCGCUCAGUACACUUUGUUUCAAACCAUCCAGGCACUCUUGUUUAAUCCUGUACCUCUCCCGAACCAAGCCAUGCCCAUCGCGGAGCUCUUUCUUGGCGCCCUUCUUCCGGUGCUGUUCGAGAGGUUGGCCUCUCGCAAGCUGCUCAACUUCGCACGCCGUGAGGGGAUCGAUAAGCUGCUGAAGAAAUGGGAGAAGAUGCUGGUCAGCAUCAACCAGGUGCUGGAUGAUGCAGAGGACAGGCAACUCACCGGCCAUCUUGGGGUGAAGUUGUGGCUCGAAGAUCUCACAAACUUGGCCUACGACAUCGAAGACUUGCUUGAUGAGUUCGCCACAGAGUCUGCGAAAAAUAAGUCCAAGGCAGAACCUGGCACUAGCAAGGCGCGCUCCCUUCUUCCGAGUUGCUGCUUAAAAUUGAGCCCGAGAGCAUUUAUGUUUGACCGUAAAAUGGGAGCCAUGAUAGAACAGAUAGAUGACAGAUUAAAGUCUGUCAUCACUCAAAAAGAUACUCUGAAUUUGAGAGAGAAUAAGGGGAAUCGAUUAGCAUACCCCCGACAGGGUGAGCCACAUUCCACCACGUAUUUGCCCGAGCCUGGUUUCGUUAGUAGGGAGAAUGAAAAAGGGGAGAUCCUCGACUUAUUGACAGGAGAAGAGGAUGAAAGAACACGUGCGGAUCUAAAAGUGAUUCCUAUCGUAGGGAUGGGAGGUGUUGGGAAGACAGCUCUUGCUCAGCAAGUCUAUAAUGAUGCUAGAGUCACCGGCUACUUCGAUGUAAAAGCAUGGGCUUGUGUUUCCGAUGAUUUCGACAUGUUUGCUAUUACAAAGAGAAUUCUGGAGACUACUAGUGGCAAUUUGUCCUGUGAAGGUAAGGACCUGAAUUGGCUUCAAGAUAAGCUCAAAGAAAACCUUUUAGGGAAAAAGUUUCUUGUUGUUUUAGAUGAUGUUUGGAACGAAAAGUAUGGAAACUGGACUACCCUUUUGAAGCCUUUUCAAUCAGGAGCGAAGGGAAGCAAGAUCAUUGUCACGACUCGAAAUAAAGGCGUUGCUUUAGUAGCCGGUGCUUCACCCUAUUAUCUCAAAGAGUUGUCAGAAGAUGCUUGUAUGACUUUGUUCGCAUUUCAUGCCCUACAAGUAGGACAUUUUGAUAGUCAUCCCCAUCUUGAAGAAUUAGGUCAAAAAAUAGUGGAAAAAUGCAAAGGGUUGCCAUUAGCCGCAAAGACAUUGGCCGGGUUGCUACGCGGCAAAUACGAUCCCCAAUAUUGGAAAAAUAUAUUGAAGAGCCAAAUUUGGGACCUACCAGAAGAAAGAAAUGAGAUCCUUCCGGCUUUGAAACUUAGCUAUCUCCAUCUCCCGUCCAAUCUGAGGAGAUGUUUCGCUUAUUGUGCUAUAUUUCCCAAGGACUAUGAAAUUGAAAGGGACGAGUUGAUUCACUUGUGGAGUGCAGAGGGCUUGCUAGAGGGAAAAGAAGGAAAGAACCGUUGGAAUACAGGUUUGAAUUAUAUCGACGAGCUCAUAUCGAGAUCAUUAUUUCAAAAGUCGAGUAGCAAUAAAUCACGAUUCUUGAUGCAUGAUCUUGUGAAUGACCUGGCAAAGCUAGUUGCCGGUGCAACCUAUUUUAGCUCAGAGGAGUUUGAGUCUGAGGGUUAUCAAAAUAAUGCAUUUUUAGCUCGUCACGCCUCAUUCAUUUGCAGCAAUCAUAUUGUGCCACAAAGAUUAAAGAUAUAUCAGGGUAUGGAGAGACUUAGGAGCUUCAUAUCGAUAGAGAAAUCAGGGUACCAUGAUAGGUCCUAUUUGUCCAAAAAAGUGCUACGUGACUUGUUGUCUGGAUUGAUGUAUUUGAGGGUGCUUUCAUUAAGUCGCUAUUACAUCAGAGAGGUACCGGAUUGCAUUGGCAAAUUGAGGCACCUAAGGUACCUCAAUUUGUCGUAUACUGAUAUUGAAACGCUUCCAAAGUCGAUUGUUGCAUUGUACACCCUAGAGGUUUUGAUAUUGCAGGGUUGUCAUUACCUUAUUGAAUUACCGGAAGGUAUGGAGAAACUGAUCAAUCUGAAAUGUCUCGACAUUACCAACACUCAGAGUCUAAGAGUGAUGCCGUUGUAUAUAGGUAAUUUGGUGGGUCUUGAGAUGUUGUCCAAAUUUAUAGUGGGAAUAGAAAAUGGGUCGAGAUUGAAGGAGUUAAAAAACCUGAAUAACCUCGAAGGGGAAUUGUGCAUCUCUGAUUUGCAUAAGGUUCGAAAAGCCGGAGAUGCCCAGGAUGCCAAUUUAUGCACAAAGGAGGGAAUAUGCCAGUUGAACAUGCAAUGGUGCAAUGAUUUUGAAAAUUUCCGAGAUGAAGAGCUUGAAGCGGAAGUCCUGGACUUUCUUAGCCCUCACCAAAACCUUGCAAAUCUCGAAAUAUCAAACUAUGGCGGCCUAAAAUUCCCGUCAUGGUUAGGAAGCCCCUUAUAUGUUAACAUAGUACAUUUACGUCUACAUGGGUGUCGUAGGACCAAAGCAUUACCAUCACUCGGGCAACUAUCUUCGCUGAAAGAACUGUACAUUGAAGGUCUAAAUGCAAUUUGCAAGGUAGGAUAUGAAUUUUAUGGAACUAGAAGUCCUUUUACGUCCUUAAAAACUCUAGAAUUCAAGGACAUGCCAUUGUUGGAGGACUGGUCUCAUUGCGUCGGCACUGAAGAAGUAGGAGUUUUGUUCCCUCUUCUUGAGCAUCUCGUCAUACGGGAUUGCCCUAUGUUGAUCGGAAGAUUGCCUAGUCAACUAAGCUCCCUCAUAAAGCUUGAAAUGAACUCAUGUCCUCGUAUGGAUGCCUCGUCCUGUAUCACGAGCCUUCCAUCUCUUAAGAAAUUAAAGUUUGGUGGUUGUAAUGAAGGGGUGCUGAAGAGUUUGGUGAACCUGACAUCUCUAACCGCUCUUGUUAUAGAAGAUGUUGCUAACCUAGCUUGCUUAAGUCAUGGGUUUACAAGCUCCUUGAUCAAACUGGAGGAGUUGGAGAUGGAAAGUUGUGAAAAGCUAAUGUACUUGUGGCAAGACAAAGAUGCAAUUGGGAAUCUCGCUUGCCUGAAGAGGUUAGUCGUUCGAAAUUGUUCGGAAUUCAUAUAUUUUGCGGUUGGAGAAGGAGAUAUAGAGCUGCCUAGCAACCUCGAGACUAUCAUAUUGACAAAUUGCGUCAAUUUAGAGAAGCUCCCAAGCAAAAUGCACACUCUCUCCUCUCUUAUAAACUUGACGGUUGGUAACUGUCCAAAACUUGUGUCCUCCCCCGAAACAGGUAUAUCGACAUCGGUGGUAUCAUUAAAUGUCGAAGGCUGCAAUAUGUUGCGGUCUUUACCCAGAGGAUUAAGUAUUCAUCCGGAUGGACCAAGCAGUGGCAACAGCAGCAGUAGUAAUAACCGCAUUGACAUGAUGCCUUGUUUGCAAGAAUUAACAAUCCUCGAAUGCGAUUCUCUGCUAGCCUCUCUGUUCAGCGAGGGUAGAUUUUUACCUACGACCCUCAAGACACUUGAAAUUAAGUCCUGCAAUGGAGUGGAGUCGCUUGCGGAGAUAAAUGCAGACCGUCUUCAGUCGCUUCAAAGUAUUAGAAUUUGGGGUUGCCAUAAUUUGAGAAGUUUACCUCCGUGCAUGCAGACACUGUCCCAUCUCGCUUCCUUGGGAUUGCACGGCUGUCUUGCUCUCGAGCUAGAGUGCUUCCCUCCUCUUCCUCCCAGAAUCUCGAGCUUUUCUCUCGGAGGGUGUCCGAAGAUAAAAUCGUUCCCUAAUCAAUUGCAUCGACUUACAUGUCUCCGUGAACUCACAAUUUAUAAUUGUGAGAGUAUUGCGCGCUUCCCCCACGGAGGAUUGCCGCCCCAGCUACAGAAACUUUUGUUAAGGGGAUGCGGGAAUAUGAAGCAGCAGGUGAGGGAGUGGCUUACCCCCCUCACCUCCCUUCAAUCUCUGCAUAUCGACGGCAGGGUGGGAGGAGUGGGAGAGGAGGAGGAUCUUGUGCUUCCGCUCCCUUCCUCUCUACUCCAUCUCGGUAUCUAUGAUAUGGGGAACGUGAAAAGACUGUCCAGCAGUCUCCCUCCCUCUCUCCAUACCUUACGGAUCUACAAUUGCCCGAAGCUGAGGCAGUUGCCCCUGGAUGGCCUCCCUCCCACCCUAGAAUACCUCCGCAUCUCUGGAUGUGGUAUUCUGGAGGAGCGAUGCAAGAAACCGAGCGGCCGCCAUUGGCCCCUCAUCCGCGAAAUCCCACUAGUUAUAAUGGGGAAAUUCUCAUGGGAGCCAAUUACUUAAAAGAGGAUUCGGACUCGAAUGCUAUGUAUGGAAGAGACGGGGGUUUUUGUAUAUCUGAGCUUUGGCUUUUCUUAAAGGGGGUUCCGUAUUUUAAUUUUUAGAAGAUUUUAGUAGUAAGCUUGAAGAAGCAGCAGCUUUUGGGCGUAGCCAGGGGGAUGUCGACACUCCCCCCAAUCACACCACCGUCUCCUUCCCCCCGUGUUGGUCCGCACCUCCAUCCCAAUCACAACCACCGCCUCCGCUUCUUCGGCUCUCCACUCCGUCCGUUUUCUCCCCUCGAUCUCGCGAAGAUUUCUAUGGCCUUGAUAUACUUCGGUAAAAACCAGGUUAACAUUGGCAAUUCCCAUCGGUGGAGCUUGUCCGGUACGACCCAGCGACCUAUGGAAACGUCUAUGUACCCUUUCCCUUCGCCGUCGCCUCCUCGCCGGUACUAAGUCCUAGACUCCUAGGAGGAGGAGAUGCUGAAGGGGGAACCCUGGAUGUGAGAUUGCUCCUCAUUGUAGGGACGAAGGAGAAGGGGUACAUGCCACUGCGGGCUGGCUUUCUUGUUUACUUCUCCACUUUGGUGGAAGCUUUUCCCAUGAUUUUUUGUUGGUUCUCGAAUUACUGGCGGGGAUAGAGCAUUCGCCAGAAGUGGAAGGAACUCGGUAUUAACUUUCUGUCUGCAUUUACAGAUACAACAUCGACAGCUAUGGGGGGAAACAGAUUUAUUGCACCUCAACCCUUCCAUUCCAGCAUUUUACUCACCAUCCAAGACUAAGGAAUGGUUUAGUCGGUUUGAGUACAGACACGAGUGAAGGCGUUUUGUGGACUGGAUAGCACUCAAUGAAAUCUUUGCCCAAAGUUCAUUUUGAUAACUACUCAUAUUCUGCUUUAUGGAAUCAAAGAUGCAUAGCCCUGGACUCUGGAGUCGCUGGUUGGCAAAGUUUAAAGGGCCAAAGGAUCGGCUGUAGUUCGCAACUCUCAUUGGAAAUGGCCUGCUGCUAGGUCUGAAGAGUUGGUUCCCGUCCAAGCUGCAGUUUGGUGGUGUGAUUUUUCUUGGUUCCUCAGCUGCAGACAAAGUUGUAUGUACAGCUUCUUCAAAUGGUUGCCUUAAUUCUUGUGUCGCUUGGGAUAUUGUCAGAAACAAGAAUGCUGAUGUUGACCGGCACAAACUUGGGUGGUUCUCCCCUAAUGUGCCAAGAUUUGGCUUCAUUUCUUGUUUCUCUAAUCGACUACGCGGCAAGAGUUGUAUGUUUUGCUCUAUGUCAUCUCUAUGCUUGUGAUGGCAUGGCAGAUAGAUGUCAACUUCAACCCUCUUGUUUGGGGUUCAAUCUUUAUGAGGUCCAAUUUCUAUAUUACUGGCCUUCACAUUUCUUCAAAUAGUUUUUGAGGAAGAACCCCAAUCAAUGAAACGGAGUUGCUAUAAAACAGAUCAUUAGUUAGCUGAAGCUAUUGGCACCUCAUCCACGAAAUCCCACAUGUGGACUGCACCUCAAUCACAACCUCUGCUUCGGCUCUCCACUCCGUCGUCCUCACUCGAUCACCGUCUCCAUCUCCCCUCUUUGUCACGCUGAUGCACCUCCAGCUCUCGCACGUUGUCGUCGCCCCUCUGUGCCUCCCACCGCUUGUCCCCAUCUGCAGCGCCCUUGAGAUGCGUCUCUCUGUCUACACGAUCAGAGCCUUUCCUCGUCGACAAGGACCGGGUACGGAGAAUUUACCUGAUUUCUUUGGAUUGUGCUGGCUGAUUCUGCCGACAUGGCUGAGAAUUUGUCGAUCCGAGAGCUCGCAGAGAGAUUAGAGCGCAGCGAUUUUGGAUGCUUUGGCGAGAGAGAGAGUUGCAAGUGGAGCGACGGCGUCUUUUCUCUCUUUUAGCUCCCCAAGGCAUGUAUAAUCCUGGGAAUUUCUAAGUACACUUGGAAGUACAAUCUGGUGAGACAUCAAGAGUUGUUCAAUGAAGAAGGGUGUGAGGCAAAGUGACUGUUGAAUGGAGACGGGAAGCCUUACGUGACAGAACUCAAAUUACAUUGUAGACUUGUAUUUCAAGACUCCGCUUAAGGACGGUCCCGCCGCAGGAAAGGAGAUAUCUUCGCUGGAGGGAGUGGUGGAGCAUGGGUUCUUGGACAUGGCAACAGCUGCGAAUAUUGCCGGAAACGCCAGCUUCGAUGUGAAGACGAAGUAACAUUUUUGCCCAGCAGUCACCUUGGUGAGAAUUGUAUUCUUCAUUAGAUUCAAAUAGAUGGUAUCUUGCAUCUCCUUAAUGGUUAAUCAUGUUCCAUUUGUUCUAGAACAACUCAAAUGUGCAGAUGGGUCCUCCCAUGCUUGAAGUGUAAAUCAUUCCACUUGCAGUAGCCCUUGUAACGCUCAUUAUCGAGCCAUUUCGAAUAUACUCUGCUCAUCAGUUUCUGCUGUUAUGAUAGACAAUUGCAUUCAUGGUUGUAACUUGUGAGUACACUCCUGUCGACUGUCGCAUAUCCUUUGUUUAUUAUUCAAUAUUGCUAAUAAGACUAUGGAAGUGAUUCAACUGAA